AUGGAGGCUGGUGAAGAAAGCCCAGGGGAGACCGACAGUUGGGCUCAAGGCGCCUCACUCACGUCGAAUGAUAGCAGUGAUACGGAUGACGAUCUUGCCUCACUAGCCGGCAAGAGGAAGCGGAAAGGGUACUUGCCGCCCGAGGCAGUGAAGAUCCUCCGUGAUUGGCUGUAUGAGCACCGGUUUAAGGUAUACCCUUCACAGACAGAGAAGCGAAUGCUGUCGGAACACACCGGUUUGUCUCUCCUGCAGAUCUCUAAUUGGUUUAGCAAAGAUCCCAGACGUGUUCUUCCGGAAGUGCUUAAAGAUGCUGGAAACGAUCCCAACCAGAUCACCAUGUACCAGCAAAAAGACAAGACUGCUGAUGUGACCGACCAUCCAGACGUGGAUCCAUCUAUGCAGGCCAAGUCAGGGCCCAAAGAUCCAGACAAGAUGCAAUGCCAGCCCCUGAGGCCCCUGCCAGUGGACCAGGAGUCAGGGGAGAAGCCGCUGGAUCCAGAGUUGGCCCCAGACCAAAAGCUUGCCCCAGAGGCCAUGCCAAAUAUGAAGGUCAAGUUUUCCGCCAGCGGGCCCUUGGUUGUGUCUUCUUGCCAACCUGUAUCGGCAGAGGAGUGCAAGGAUUUCAGCAACUUCCAACUGCUGGUGGAGGCAGCCUUACAAAAGGCUGCUGAACUGGAGCUUCAGAAGCAGCAAGAGCCCAAUCCAUAA